AAUCGCAACCCUAACUUUUCUCUCUUCUUUUCAUUUCUCCUCUUCCCUCUCUCCCUCCCUCUUUCAGAUACAAAAAUUGGUCCCUCCUUUCCCUCCCUCCAUUCUUCUCCCUUAAAACCUCUGUUCAAUCUGUUUUUCCCCUGAAGAGAAAAACAACUUCUUAGAUACCCAAUCUUGGCAUACAUAGCAGUAGUUAAAAUCAAAACCCUUUUCCUCAGAGGCAGAGGGCAAAACAAUAUGGGAAAGUACAUGAAAAAAUCCAAGAUAACAGGGGACAUAGCAGUCAUGGAAGUAUCUCAUCAGUCAACCUUGGGUGCCCGAACCAGGGCUGCUAAAACCCUAGCUUUACAAAGACUCCAGAAAACAACCCCCUCUCCUGCACCUGCCCAAGUCGUUGCUUCAACCCCAGACGUCUCUUCCUUUUGUUAUCUUCAGCUAAGGAGCCGUAGGCUGGAGAAGUUGCCUUCCCCUGUUUCGAAUGAUACCAAACAGAAACAACAGGGGAAAGAGAGUGGUUGCAGAGAAGAGAAGAAGAAUAAGGAUGGUGAGAAGAUAAGUGAAGGGUGUUUUGGUAAAAGCAGGAAAAUGGUUGAGGGAGUGGGGCUUUGCUAUGAAACAGAAGAGACCUCUUUUGGGGAGAACAAUUUGGAUUUUGAUCCCAGAGACAGGAACACUAGGGAAAGCACACCAUGUAGCUUGAUAAAGGACUCAGAAACUGUUGCAACUCCCGGUUCGACCACAAGGCGGAGAAGCUCCCCUUCAACUCAACGAAGAGGGUGGAAUGAGAUGCAGAGAUUUAUCCCAACUACGCAUGAAAUGGAGGAGUUUUUUGCCUGUGCAGAACAGCAACAGCAGCAACAAUUCGUUGAGAAGUAUAAUUUCGAUGUUGUGAAGGAUAUGCCCCUCCCAGGCCGCUAUGAGUGGGUGCAAGUGACUCCAUAAGCCGAGCCCACUAAACUCUACUCCCUGCAACUUGCUGAUUAAUUUUAUGCUCAAGAUUUCAAAGCAAGCAGUGUGGUAUAAUACUACCAUUGCUCUUCCGAGUUAAUGUAAAGAUUGAUUGAGCCUGAACUAAGGUGUGUAAUUUAAAGAUCUGUAACAUAACAGAGCUGAUGAAUUACACUAGCCAAUUUUAUACCCGAAAUCCUUUGCUCAAAGGAAAAAGAAAUAAUUUGUUAGGAAUUUGCUGCUUUUUCCUUUAUUGUAAUUGAUUAGGAGGUACAUCAUGUUUCUAGGUUUCUUUUUUUUGUUCCUGUCUCUUGUCCAUGUAGCUUCACUUUUGUGUAUACACAGGUAGGGAUGAACAUGGAUGGGCUCUGGAAAUAAAUGCAAGUCAUUUGUCAUUAAA